AUGUCAACUCCGCCGGUUCGCCGUUGGUAUCACUGGUUUGCGCCGACUGAUACCCCCGAGGAGAGAAAGCUGAUCCUCAAACUUGACUUCCUCAUCGUGCCCUACGCUUUCAUCAUCUAUUGGGUCAAGUACAUCGACCAGAUCAACAUCAAUAAUGCCUACGUUUCUGGAAUGGCCGACGAGCUCGGCUUCCACGGCAAUGAGCUCGUCCAGUUCCAGACCAUCUUCGUCGUUGGCAACGUAGUCGGUCUUUUGCCGUUCAUCUACCUGUUCCCAAGAGUCCCGAUGCACGUUCUCGUUCCGACCCUUGAUCUCGGCUGGGGACUGUUCACUCUCCUCCAAUAUCGCGCCAAUAGUUACGCUGAAAUCAUGGCAUAUCGGUUCAUGGUGGCCAUCUUCGAAGCCUCGUACUUCCCUGGUGUCCACUUCGUCCUCGGAUCGUGGUAUCGAAGCGAUGAAAUCGGCCGAAGAGGCGGCAUAUUCUACAUCGGUCUUACCCUCGGUACCCUGACAGCAUCCUUACUACAAGCCGCAGCAGUGACAUACCUCGACGGGACUCACGGCCUAGCCGGCUGGCGCUGGCUCUUCAUCAUCAACGCAACCAUCACGCUACCUCUCGCGGUAAUCGGAUACUUCGUGUGGCCCGGCACGCCCGCAAAGCCAAACACGCUUCUCAUGAAGGAGUCUGAACUCGACCUCGCACGCUCGCGUCUGGAAAAGGCCGGCGCAUCGGUCAAGAGCACACCUUUCUCACUGAGCCUCUUGAAACGAGUAUUUACAAACUGGCGGUUCUACGUCUUGAUCAUUUGGGAUAUCCUCUUCUUCAACACCAGUGCGAACAGCGCUGCCUUCUUGUUGUGGAUCAAGAGUCUCGGCAGAUACAGCACCGCCCAGAUGAAUAACCUGGCUGCACUCAGCCCCGGGCUGGGAAUUUUCUUCGUGCUGUUCAUCAACUUUAGCGCAGACUUGUGGAUCGGGCGUCCGGCGGCUAUUACCUUGGCAUCGGCGAUCAACUUCUCGGGACUGGUCAUUUUGGCUGUCUGGAAUGUGCCGGAAGCCGCAAAGUGGUAUGCGUUCAGCACCACGUACUCUGCCGUCGCAGUCUCUUCGGUGCUGUACGGCUGGGCCAACAUUAUUCUCAAGCACAACAUCGAGGAGCGAGCGUUGACCUUGAUCCUCAUGACGGCUAUCGCUACAUCUACGAACGCGUGGAUACCGCUGUUUGUGUACCCGACUGUCGAAGCCCCGAGGUUCCCAAAGGGCUAUGUGUACUCUGCCGUCAUGGUGGUUCUCCUGGUUAUCAUGACGCAGGUUGUGAGAGUAUCACUAGGUUCUCAUGGGGAGAAGAGGAUCCGCAAAACUCAGGACAAUGAUAGCGCUGCGGACUCUAGUGAAGGGCGUCCGUCAACGAACUACGAGGUAUCUGACCAGAAAGGACCUAUUCCUGCAGUUGCGGCAGUUUGA